AUGGCUAGCAACAGCGGCAACGCGGAGGCCGACUACUACAUUGGCUUCGACCUUACAAAAUUCGUCCCACGCUUAGUGGACCGUUACGAUCCACAGUACUACCCACGCAUGCAAGAGCAUCUCCGCGAAUACCUGGACUUCAUCAACCUUUUCGAUCAAAGCAACCGCGAGCGCGUAGCGAGAGAAGCCGAAGCUCUCACCACGCUUCGCAACGCCUACCAUGUCAUCCUCGCUACGCUGCCCCGCCAGGAAGACAAGGACAAGUUCUACUUGGAAGUCGCCGACCCGGGUUGCUACCAAGUGUCCAUUAUCAUGCGUGCGGUGAUUUUGGCGGAAUUCAGCGCAGAUUGGGCCAAGCUUGUUGCUUGGGACGCGUUUUUGCUCGGGCGCGGGGAUGAGAAGCCGCUUUGA